AUGCGACGCUGGAUCGAGCCACAGGUACAGCCAGAAACAGUAGUGGCGGCCGUCAAGCGCGUACGGGUGUCCGCAGAUCCGGCGUCUGUCAACGGCAAGGCGGAUGAUGGCAGAGAGGACGCGCUGCCGGCCAAGCGACGUUUUCCGAGGAAAAAUGAGAACCGAUUUACGUCCCUCUUGUGGCGGCGAGUCUCGAGCCUGCGAGCCGUGGUCUUCGGGUUCCAGAGGGGCAAAAGUGUCGACGCUGCUUCCGACGAUAGCGACGUACCAGAGCCCUCGGUUUCCAGCAUGGCUGGUUUAGGCGAUGAAUCGCCUGCCUCGCCUGUAGCUUUAGAUGCGGAGUACGACCCACCAGUUCCGGCAUCCCCGGCAUCCCGCCAUGCGCUCGCGUGCGCAGCAGGGUCGUCUUGUCGUCAGGGCGACGGACGUGCCGGCCACCCGAACCUAUCUGCAUUUUACCGUCGACUUCGAGAUGCCAAGUCGCUCAAGGCCAAGGCGGACAACGAGGGUAGCGAAGGCGACGAGCCCGAGCCGGCCGAUGCCGGACUGCUCUUGCAGCCGCCCAACAGCCAAGACCGGAUCGACUUCCCUGCCGUGCCGCCGCAAGUUGUGGAGAGCCGGGCACGCAUACCACACUGCCGGACGACGAGAGCACCAGCGAGCUCGAACCGGCGGAUGCCGAGCCACGCUUUUAGCCCUAGAGCCCAUGCAGCGCCACCUCCGGUCGUGGGGUUGAUCUACAACAGAGGUCCGGCAGCUGCCACCUCUUUCGACAUCGUGAUCACCGCGGCGACAGCGUUCAAACAAGUGACCCAGAACACCGCCAUCCUCUCGUUCUGGACGACGGAGGAGAGCAGAAUGAGGAUUGUUCUGUUGUGCCGCCGCAAGCGCAGGAGAGUCGGGCAGGCAUGCCAAAGGUCCGGCAGCUGCCACCUCUUUCGACAUCGUGAUCACCGCGGCGACAGCGUUCAAACAAGUGACCCAGAACACCGCCAUCCUCUCGUUCUGGACGACGGAGGAGAGCAGAAUGAGGAUUGUUCUGUUGUGCCGCCGCAAGCGCAGGAGAGUCGGGCAGGCAUGCCAAGUUUGUCGGGCGAUGAGAGCGGCAACGAAAAGUUAGCGCAGCAUUUCCAAGCUGCGAUUUUCAAGGGGGUCCGCUUUGGAAGGGAGACAAUCGAGGCCGCUUUCGCAAGCUUUGAGGAAUGGCCACUUGAAGCGGUCCUUAGGCUCGUUUGGGUAGACGGCGCAGCGACUUUUCAGGUGGAGUUCACGUGGAAUCCCCGUACGAAUCAUGGACGCAAUGACCGCGCACCGGAAAUCCCGCGGUGCAAGUUACUGGCAGGGAAGACUUCCUCGACGGGGCGCGCUUUCCCUUCAAAAGUUGCCUUUACGGCUGAAGAGGUUCAAGGCGACGAGUAUUUUGAGAUGGAGGAUAUUCGGGACUGGAGACAGGGAGAAGAGGGGCGGGAGUACCUGGUCAAGUGGGCAGGGUAUGGGCACAACCAGGGUUGGGAAUUAAGUCAUGACUAA